UGGCCAAGCUGGUGGGAGAUGCCCAGAGAGCUGCUAAGGCACUGGAGGGAGUCUCCCAACGGCUCUCCCAGAAUCCAAGAAGCUGGAAGGCACCAUGGGUCAGCUGCGGAUAGCAGAGAAGGAGCUGGCGUCCCUUCACUAUGCUGUGGAGGAGAAGGAGAGCUGGAAGGAGCUAGUAUCCCAGCGUGUCCAGGAGAUGGAGAGGAAGAACAGUCUGAUCAGCAGCCUAGAGCAUGAGGUCUCCAUCCUUCAUCGUCAGGUGAUGGAGAAGGAAGGAGAAAGCAAGGAGCUGAAACGCCUGAUCCUGGCUGAGUCGGAGAAGAGCAAGAAGCUGGAGGAGAGGCUGCGGGUGCUGCAGACGGAGAUGGCCACCGCAGCCUCCCGUGCAGCUGAGAGGUGCUCACUGAUGAAGGUGGAGGUGCAGCGGUGCCAGGAAGAGAUGGAGAAGCAGCGGAUGACCAUCGAGGCCCUGAAGAGGGACCGCCAUUGCCAGAGCGAGCGGGAGGGUGAGCUGCGGCAGGAGGCAAAGGUCUGCCAGGACAAGUGCCUACAGAAGGAGCAGCUCCUGGCUGCCCUGCAGCAGGAGCUCGACAGUGCUCGGGCCGAGCGUGUCUCCCUGGAAAGCCGGCACCGCCAGGACCUGGAGCAGAGAGUAAAAGCCAUGUCCACACUGUAUGGAUGCUAAAUAUGAGCAAAAGCAGGGAGCACAGUGCCUCUGGAAAAGCAGGCCACAUAAUUUUCUCAGUCUCGCCUAGAAAGUGGCCUGGGAAAUCAUAAGGAGGAAUUAAAACAAUCCUCAGAGAUAGAAG